GGCUGAUCACAUGUUGAUCUUCAGUUGAAGUGGCUUGGUAAAAGUGAGAUGGUCCUUUGUAAGUUAAUUGUGAACGCAAAUGUUAAUUUAAUUUUUAAAACGUUUUCUCGAGUUAUUGAUGGUGAUUCCAAAAAAUGUUUCGGUAAAUAUUAUAUAUUAUUUGAGGUGUUGUUAAUAAGUGUUUUCGCAAAAUAUUAAAACUUGAAUUUGAGGUACUGCUUGCGUGGGAUGUUGACGUCAAGAACUCAGACGAAGAACGUUAGCGAACUAUCCUUGCAGUGUUGCCGGCCUUUUUCGAUGUGUACAAUUGUUCAAUGAACACGCUAGUUUGGCUAUAUUAUACAGCCUAUUUUGAAAAAAGAACAUGGAGUUGGAGCUGGAACAGAUAAAAGAACGACCCCAAAAGGAGCGAGAGUCUCGGAAGUUGAAGAACAAAGGCAAUGAAUUAACUUUAGAUGUACAGAAAAGAAGAGAAAAAUAUAAAGUCCUCCAGCGUACUAAACCACACACUACAACUAUAUAUCGCGAUAUCAAAGAACUACAGAAAAUUAUUCGACAGUCGUCAAAGGAACGACUACAGCUUGAACGCCAUCUAUCUAGAGCAACUGAGGCCGCCCAUAGAACUGUGGAUGUUGACCUCAGCAAGUACGUAGCACUUGAACAAACCAAUCAGGCUCUUCGUCAUCGCUUGGAAGAGUUGGACCAGCUUGUAAAGCAGAAGCAAAAUGUUGAAUCGAACUUGGUUGAAAGAGAGGAAGAGCUCACGCAACUGAAAGCAGAAGUAAAUGAACAGAAGGAAAUUUGUGCUGAUUUGGAGAGGCAGCUUUCGGAUACUUUAUACGAGAAAUCUGACGUCGAGGCUCACAACGUCGAACUUCAGCACCAAGUAAGCGAGCUAGAACGGGUAACCAAGGAAUGUCAUCAACUAAGAAAUUCAUUGGAGGAGAUACGUCAUAAGUACAAGACAGCUCAAAGUGACGUAGUGACCCUGGAGGGGAAAGUAAGCAGUCUGGAGACUUUAGUGAAGCACAUGCGAGAAGCUGCUGAGAAGCGGAAGGAGUUAGAUAAAGAACAUGGGGAUGCUCUCGCUGAACUUCAGAAACACCAGGAGGAAGCUCGUUUGUUUGGUCAAAAUGAGGAUUCCGAGAAACAACAAUCAUUGGAAGUGAUCAAAUCUUUAGAGUCAAAAGUUCGAGAACUCCAGAAGAAAUGUGAACUCCAGAAUGUUCUCCAUGAAGAGCUUGUUUUAGAGAUGGCUACACUCCGUCGGUCACGGGAAAAGUGGGCUUGGAGUACACAGAGAUCUCAUUCAGCUGAUGUUUCACAUGGUGAGGAGCUACAUUCUGUUCAAGAAGUGGACAGGAUAUUGGCCAGUGCAGGGACUCUGAUGUCCAGUACAUAUGGUAUAACUGCAGAACCAUUAUCAUCAGAUGUUACAUUAUCCUCUCAAAUAACCACUUCAGAAAGUGACUUAACAACUUCCUUAUCUUCACUAGUAAAACCAGCAACAUCAGACCAGCUGUCUUUUUCAUCCUCAUCCCUCACAACUCCAACCACGCUAGACUCUGCUUCAAAGGAAAUUGAAAGGAUUCUCCAGCGUAUUGAGCAGGAUAACAAACUGCUGGCUGAGCUUGACAAACCUAAAAAAACAUUCUCAUCAUCUGUUCCUGGUUCUCCUAUUUUCUCUGAAUCAUCUGAGAGGAUGAGAGCACACACUGAAGGGGAGGCAAAACUUAAAGAAGAACUUUCUCAGCUUGCUGCCAAGCUAAAACCUUCUUUCUCUUCUCCUGCUAUUGAUCAACUACUUCUUGAACCUCAGAAAUCCAAACAAAUGUACUCACAGCUAGCUAGGUACAGGGGGGUCAGGAGACCUUCUGUUACACGUAGAGAGCUUGAUCUUCUCAUGGCCAAAUUAGAACAGGAUGAUAAGCUUCUUGCUGAACUUGACCGUCAAAUACCUGGAUAUGUAUCUUGGACUUCAAGCCAUCUUUCAGCCGUACAAAGUUUAUUUGGCCCAAGUGUUGUAUCUUAUUCUACAGCACCCCCUUUUAGUAUGACAGCCACUUCAUUCGCAACACCAUUCCAAACAGCCAGGCCUAUAGUUUCACCAGCCCCUGUGUCCAUCAUUACUGCUCCUGCAUCCAGAGUACAUGUAAUGGCCACGUACACUUGUCCACAGAUGACUCCUACAUCAACAUACAUAACUCCACAAAUAACAUCAGCUAUUGUUCCUGCCAUUACAGCAGCUAGUCCAGCUCAAGUUGACAGUGGGAUGGCUACCUCUGUGGAUGACAUGUACCAGAUGAUAGGGACUGAAGAUGAUGCCCUUGGAAAAUCUUCAGUUGAUCAUAUUGAAUUGCCAGGUAGAGGUCACUGUAGAGUAUACAUGGCCAGAUAUUCGUAUGACCCCUUACAACAGUCACCAAAUGAAAAUCCUGAGGCUGAGUUAGAGUUAAGUGCUGGGGAUUAUGUCCUGAUUUUUGGAGAAAUGGAUGAAGAUGGAUUUUUCAGUGGGGAACUUCUUGAUGGCAGAAAAGGUCUUGUACCUUCAAACUUUGUUGAAUUACUUUAUGAUGAAAAUCUGUUUGACUUCCAAGCAACAGUGCUGUAUGGAAACAGGGAUCCAGAUGACAGCAGUGCUAGUUAUGCUCAUGGUACGGACUAUGACUUUAGUGGUUCAAGUGGGCCAGAAGAAAUGUACUCUCUGCCAGCUGAGGAUUAUCAUCGUAUGAAUGACUACAUUGAUCUGAAGGAUAUAGAAGAAGUUGAUGAGGAUGAUCUUUCUGAUGUUGAACGAGAAAUGGAUGGUCCAGUUCCCCCUCCUCAAAGGCUGAUUUUGGAAAGGCAGUUGAACAAGAGUAUCUUAAUUGGUUGGCUUCCACCAGAGGGUGCUAAAGGAAAUAUAAAAAUGUACCAUGUUUAUGUAGAUGGUAUAUUGAAAGCCAUGAUAAAUAGUUCUGAAAGAACUCGUGCUUUAGUUGAGGGUGUGGAUUCCUCACAGCCCCAUAGGAUUAGUGUUCAGUCUGUCACAUCAAUGGGUCAUCAUUCUCGAGAUGCAGCCUGUACCAUAACAAUUGGUAAAGAUAUUCCAUUGGCUCCAAGCUGCAUCAAGGCUUCUAAUGUAACCUCCACCUCAGCAGUGAUUAGUUGGUUACCUAGCAACAGUAACUUCAACCAUGCAAUAGCAGUGAAUAAUGUUGAGAUACAAGUGGUAAAACCAGGAAUAUUUAGACACAAUAUCACAGGUCUUGUACCCAACACACAGUACAAAGUAUCAAUCCGUGCCAAGCCAGGAAAAUUGCUGUACAAUGCAAAGAGAAACCCUAAAAAAUUAGAUAUGCUGACAAUGUUUGUUGAAUUUCGAACACUUCCAAAAGGGCUUCCUGAUCCACCAGUGGACAUACAAGUCGAAGCAGGGCCUCAGGAUGGCACACUGUUGGUUACUUGGCUGCCAGUCACUAUCAAUCCCACCGGGACAUCUAAUGGGGUACCUGUUACUGGUUAUGCCAUUUUUGCUGCUGGAAAGAAAGUAGCAGAAGUCUAUAGUCCUACAGGAGACCAUGCUUUGUUACAAGUGAAAGAUCUCUUUCCUCUUGCCAAGAAAACUGUGACAGUUAGAACGAAAUCAGGAGAUAGUUUGUCAUCUGAUUCGAUGCCCUGUGUUAUUCCAGAAGCUCUCAUAAAGACCUCAGCUCAUAAGAGCUCAGUUCCAUACAGAAAACGAGCAUCAUUUGAUGAGCUGGGCUCUGAUUCUGGCUCUGAGUCGGACACGGAGCUUGCAGAACUGGUCAACCAUGUGGCCCGCAGGUCUCAGGCUUUUGAAUCAAACCAAUUAUCACCCGAAAGGUUUCAGGGUAGUGUAGAUGAGUUUGGGCAAUAUGAGCUCUGUGAUAUACUAGAAGAAAGAGAAGAAAAUGGAUUUGAAUACGAGCAAUGCAGAAAAGACAGAACUAGAUACUCCUCUCUGGGGAAUGGGGAUGUGAAAUGGGAAUGGACAAGAGAUAACAGAGAUCAAAACAGCCUUCGACAUUCAGUGAUCAGUAAAAAUCAGCCACAGUCUGUAGACUCACCAACAACUGUCUGCAAGUAUGUUACUCGAUUUUGUGACAGAAAGAUGAAUCACUUAAGGGAAGGACAUCAGAAUUCUGCUGGGCAGUUAGUUAUUGAACCUGAUGAUAACCUCAGUGAUAGAGAAAUUUACCCAACUCAAACUCGUAUGACCAUUCCCUCCAUUGAAAUCACCAAAGUUAAUGCCAGUGAAAGUCAUAAUUCCAUGGAGAAUUUUUCAGAGGAAGAAUACGAGGCAGUCAGAAGCGAAGACAAUGUUGCAAGCAAAAGUUACCUAAAUAAGCUGUCAAUGUCUAGGAAACAAGUUUACGGGAUUGAGAAGAAUGGGCCUUGCCCAGUUUCUCCCUCUCAGACACAUCACCUGUCUAGAGAAGACCACAAUUAUUAUGAAUAUGUGCCUCCUGUAUCACACCUCAAGGAUGGCAUUAGCUACAGAGAUCAAUGUCAAGUGAUAGAAGUAAACCAUUCAGAAAACAGUGUCAGGUGGUUUGUUGCACUGUUUGACUACAUCCCUCACACAAUGUCUCCAAACCCUGAUACCACUGAAGAACUUCCAUUCCAGGAAGGGCAGCUAAUAAAGAUUUAUGGAGAUAAAGACCCAGAUGGGUAUUACAAAGGAGAAAUCAAUGGUAGAGUAGGAUUUGUCCCAUGUAACAUGGUUUCCGAGGUUCAAAUGGAGGAGGAACAGCUUCUGAAUGAAAAUGCAUUUUCUGGACAGCAUCCUUCUCUAGGUAAUAGAGACAGUGACUCUGUCAGUGGCAUGCCCUUACGCAAGAUGGUGGCACUUUAUGAUUAUGAUCCUCAAGAACUGUCUCCAAAUGUGGACUUAGAGAUGGAGUUAGCCUUCAACACUGGGGACAUUAUCAAUGUAUACGGUGAAGUGGAUGAAGAUGGUUUUUUCAUGGGUGAGAUCAAUGGUGUACAUGGGCUUGUGCCUUCAAACUUCUUAACUGAUGCCCCUCCAGAUUAUAGAGACAAUCGCUCAGUUCCUAAAGAACUUUUUGACACAGGAAGUCGAACCAAAGAACCUCAAGAACUGUCAUCACAGUAGUGGCACCUCCUUUCCCAUCAACAGUUCUGGAAAGGACAACAUUUUACCAAGAGAGAAGUCAAGAUACGUUUCUGAACUAGUUCCAGAACAGUCAUGCCAUCUUGCAGACAGGGGCGAUUACUCAUCUGGGAGAAAUCUACAGCAAUCCUGGUAGAUAGAUAAUCCUAAUAUAGAAAAAAGACAGAAUUGGAGAAAGCUUGAAAGUAGCAGAUGUUUCGAAAGAAACCAUAAGAAAUCGUUACUCAAACAAUGGAAGGCAAGGUCUGUUCAUUUCAGUGAAAAGUGCCAGCAACUGAUUUAGACUUUAGUUUUUUUGAGGGGUUGCCAAUAUUCUAUAUAAGUAGGUAGUUCUUCACAAGAACUUGCCAAAAUUGAGUUAGCAUAUCUAGUCAGUAUUAGGUUCAGCAUAUGAAAUCUGCUUUAUUUGUUCAUUUGUUUGAAGUUAAAUGCCUGUUUUAUUGAAGUAAUGUACUAUUUAAAAUUUUGAUACUUAAAGACUGAUUUCUUUAGCUUUCUUUAUUGAUUUUGUGUCAAUGUGCCUUUAACCUUGUAUCAAAUCAUAAAACAACUAUUUUGUAAAUACUUUAAUUAAUAAUUAUUUUUGAGCAUUUAAAUACAGGCAGACUAUUACUACUCCAGUGCCUAUAGAAGGCUAUGGGAAUGUUUGUGAUACUAAUGAAAAAAAAAUUAAACAGGGACUUUAGCUUUAAAGACUGUCUUUAGAAAGUCACUUGUAUUUGUACAUGUUAAAUCUUAUUCCUUCCUCAGUCCUUAUCUGAAGAAAAGUGUUUCGUGUUGAAAUUUUGUUAAUGUUGGCUUGCUCAGUCUUUACUAAAUUUCAGGCAAAAAAAAAGGUGCUUUUGUUUGUGUGUGUGUGUGUUUGUACUUUGUAAAGUUAUAGAUAUGAUUGCUGUUUUAGACAAAAAAAAAAAGUACUUCUUGAAUGAUUUCAGACUUUAUUGACGUUUGUCUAAGCUUCAGAAUUUAGCAAACAAGAUGUGUAAUUUUUUAGUAUCACUUUGACUCAAUCUAGCAAGUAAAACGUCCAACUAAAGAAGAUUUUUCAGAUGUCAUCAUGAUAGUUCUCUUUAGGACAUAAGUGAGGAGUAGAAGAGCAAUAAUCAAAUGGAUCUGCUCUGCAGCAAUUAAUCUGUUCCACACCUGCUAGCAAUGUUAAACAGUGCUGUUUUGUCAGUUUGCUGGCUACUCCUACCUAGACAGUCAUUCACUGGGCACAAACUAUCAACUUGCUCUUUUGCAAUAUUAAUAGCCCCCCCCCCUCCCAGGCUUGAUAGAGAAACAGUCUACUUGACCUGUGCAUUUAUAGAUUAAGUUACCAAACCAAAUAACCUUCUUAAACCCAAGUUAAUAUAACACUUGGGUUCUUGAUAGACGUUUCAGAAUAAUCACACAUGUAUGUUUGACUGCUUAACAAAACCAAAAGCAACUAAACAUUACAGAUUAUAAUUAGGCAAACAAAUAUUAUUAACAAUUUAUUAAGAGCAUAACUCAUGAAUUGGAAGAUUUGGUUCAGAAUUUCACUGCUAUUUGUUUUGUUUUUUAUGAAAAAAAAAGAAAUUCAAUUCAGAAUGUGUCCCUUGUAAUCUCUCACAAGAACCAUACUAUAAUUUAGAUGACUAAACAACUUUCUGUAAUACCAUACAAAAUACUGGUACCUGCUGUAUAAACUUAGGUUAUUUAUUUUCAACAUACCAUCAACAACCCAUUACUCUCUAAAUGAUUGUCUUUCCAAUUCACUCCUUAACAUGUAGUAAUGUGUGUUGCAGUCUUAAACUUGUGCUUUACCAGGGAAUACUUCUGUGAAAGAAACUGUCUCUAAAUAGUAAUAGUGACUGUAGUUUAAUUCAUUGUAUGCUAAUAAUUUCAGUUGUUAACUAGUUAUUGCUGAAUUUAUCCUAAGUAUUUUGAUAACAAGCUAUAAAUUUAAAGUUACCGUACAGUUAAAUGUUUUGUCUCCUCAGAAUUUAUUGUCACUUGUUUUGUUUGAAUUCUAAUACCAUUCCAAUGUAUUGUAGUGCAUUCUUGAUUAAUAUAUGUAUAGAAUUGAUACAUUGGACUUUAAAUAUUCAUCAAAAUAUGGAAUAAACAAAAGAUUAGAAUCAUUGUCCUGAGCAAAUGGACAGAAUGCAUAAUUGUAUAUUUAAAAGAAGCUCAGGUAAGAAUGAGUACAUUGGAUUUCUGGAAUAUAAAUACUAUAGUGUGAAACAGAUCACAGGUUAAGAGUUGAUGAAAUGAAAAAAAUAUAAUUAUGGCAGUGUGAAAUUGACUAUAGGUGAGAAAUGAUGUACUAAAUUCGAUCCAUUUAUGGUCAUCCAAAUAAAAUAGUUGUUCACCAGAUCAAAAUUAAGAGAGAAUACUCAGAAGCUAUGCGAUGGACAGAAUGUACUCACAGUAAAACAGGACUACUUUGAACCUGGAACAGUCUAUUUCUAACUAGUUGUCAUGGUGAAAUAAGACUACGGGUUAGAAAUGGAUUAACAUUUCAGAAAUCUAGGCUUCUCUAAAAGUAUUGUAAGUCAUCCACAUAAAAGAAUAGUUCAAUGUUUUUGCUGAUGUAUAUUCUAUAUACAUACCUUUGACUGACAACGAACUCUCCUGAGCACAAUAUAUGAAACUGUACUUAGAUACUAUUGAUAUGUAUUCUUUAGUAAUCAAUAGAAAUGUAACAAGUAUUAUAAGCUUAUACAGGAAAUGCUUUAAUGUGAUGUAAAUAUGUAUAUCUAAAGUUAUGAAGCAGGAAAUCAAACAAUUUGUGUAAUUUAUCAUCAAUAAUAAGCCAUGUGUAUCUUAUAAACACUAAACAAAAAUGUGCUUACUCUCUUGUUACUGAAAACCUGAAGUUUGUUAUAUAGGUGUAGACCGAGUAUUUGUGUAAUGUAAAGUGAUUCUUUUCUUUCCUCACCAUUUGCAUCUUGUAAUUAAAACUCCCUUUGUACUGACAGGAUUUGUGUUAUAAUAUUUUGUAUUAUAGUUAAAUAUUCUUAAAUAAAUGAGUAAAAAAAGAAAAACAGAGUUAAUUAUAAAGCCACAAACUCAACUAAACUGAGGUUUGUAGAUGUGCAUAUGUGACUGUUAAUACAUAAAAUAUAUAUUGACAUAUUAAUAACCAAUCUCGAAAAAGAUAUACCAGCAAGCAUAGAUGUGGUUGUUGAAAAUUUAGUGUAUUAAGCUAAAUCUACUAUGCUGAUUUUGUUGUUUGUGUUUUCUCUACACUGUAAAUCAAUGAAUGGUACUGUUUACAAUGUACACUUGUUGUAAUUACCUCCAUGAAGGUAUUUUGUUUGUUUACCUAUGUGAUACUUGUAAAUAAAUGUACUAUGGAGUACGUCCAUAUUGCUUUCUUCCUCUGAA